AUGAAGGGUCCACGGCCAUUGGGCAUCGUCAUCAAGCUCGGAACAAGCUCCAUUAUCGACGCAACAAGCCAUGAGCCGCUCAUUGCGACGCUCUCGCUGAUUGUCGAGACUGCCGUGCGUCUUCGCAAAGAUGGCCACCGCGUCGUCAUUGUCUCGUCUGGUGCCAUUGGCGUCGGACUGCGGAGAAUGGACGUCGAGAACCGCCCAAAGCACCUGGCCCAGCUGCAGGCCCUUGCCGCUAUUGGCCAGUGCCGUCUCAUCGGCCUUUGGGACUCGCUGUUCAGCCAUCUGCGGCAGCCCAUUGCCCAGAUCCUCUUGACACGGAACGAUAUAGCAGAUCGUACCCAAUAUCUCCGGGCCCAAAACACAUUUGCGGAGCUGUUUGAUAUGGGCGUCAUCCCGAUUGUCAACGAGAACGACACGUUGGCCGUCGAGGAAAUCCGCUUCGGUGACAACGAUACGCUGUCCGCCAUCACGGCUGCCAUGAUCCACGCCGAUCUCCUGUUCCUCAUGACCGACGUCGACUGCUUGUACACCAAGAAUCCGCGCCAACACCCAGACGCCGAACCCAUCGAGGUCGUCGAUGACAUUAACGCUUUGGAAGCAGACAUUUCUACUCCUGGUUCUGCUUUGGGAACGGGCGGCAUGUCCACAAAGAUCGUGGCUGCCCGCUUGGCUACAUCCGCCGGCGUCACAACCGUCAUCACACGGUCAUCAACACCGGACAACCUCGUCCAGAUUCUCGCACACAUCCAGACCACGCAGGGCAACUCCCUGCUGCAAAAGUCCUCGUCCUUUGCGUCAAUGCCAGCCUCAGCCGUCCCUUCGGCGUCUUCUAUGGCUCCCUCGCUCUCUGGAAGCACCACCCUCACCAAACCUCCUCUCCACACACGCUUCCUCCCCUGGCCCGAGCCCGUCCGCGACCGCUCGUUCUGGAUUCUGCACGGCCUCGCGCCUCACGGUACGGUCUUUGUCGAUCAGGGCGCAUACCAGGCCCUCGUCGAGCGCGCAGGCCUGCUACCAGUCGGCGUCGUUGAUGUCGAAGGCCCCUUUUCCGAGAACGAUGCCGUUCGCAUUGUGGUCGUCGAUCGCAAGCCGGCAGCUUCUGCUGACGGAACUGCCCCUGCCAUUACGACUCCCAGCGUGGUCGCAUCCGGUACCGAAGUCGGCCGUGCUCUCGUCAAGUACUCGUCGACGGAGAUUGCCCGUAUCAUGGGCCAUCGCAGUCGCGACAUUCAGGGCAUCUUGGGCUAUGUGACGAGCGAAUACGUCGCGCAGCGCGAGUACAUCAGUCUGUUCCGGCGCAAGGACAGCCGCCCGGCGUCGCCAAGUCUGCGGGACAAGGAGAGAGACGUUGCGCACCAUCACCAGAACCACCACCAUCGGGUCUCGCCAAACCAAAAGGCCGCGAGCGUGGCUGUGGAGUCGCCCCUGCACAAAGUGGAAGGCCUGGCACUGAAUUCAGAGUCGUCUUCCAGGGACGAGCCAAGUGCAUGA